AUGAAUAAUCACAACCAGUCCCUCUCUGCUAUAACUCGAUCAAUGACAAAACAGGCAGUCUCGAGUCCUCUAACACCGCCAAGGCUGCCAGAACAAAAUCCGACCACACCACUGCCUCUACGUGCAUCCACACCAAUGAUAGAUUUUACUUUGGAAAAUAUCAAAACUGAGCAAGAUAAAGAUAUUGAUAUUCAACUCAUUAUUGCAGAUAUUCAUGCUCAAAAGAAAAAGGACAACUUUAUUCUUUACAACAAAAUUUUAUUUCGUCUUGUGGCCAAGAGAAAGCAUGGCACCAAGAACAAAGUUCCAUACGUACCGUCAUCAAUGAUUCACGCCGUACUGAAAGCAUUUCAUGAUCAUCCAAUGGGUGGGCAUUUUGGAGUAAAACGCACGUUAUAUAAAAUUCGUACUCGGUUUUGGUGGCCAAAUAUGCGUAAAUCAAUUGAGCAUUACAUCUCAUCUUGUCAACAAUGUAUGAAAUUCAACAUCCUACGCAGUAAAACUCCAGGCCAUCUCAAAUCAUUUGAUCCACCAACGGAUGUAUUUCAAAUACUACAUAUGGAUUUUUGGGGUCCAGUCCGCCCAUCAGCACAAGGAAACCGAUACGUACUAAUACUUACGGACAAUUUAUCCAAAUAUGUAAUAGCAAAAGCGAUGCCAAAUAAUACUGCCAAAGCCGCUGCAGAAUUCAUUAUGAACGAAUUCAUUAUGAUACAUGGCGCACCUGAACGACUCAUCACGGACAAUGGUGUACAUUUUAACAAUACAUUACUAAAGACUACUACCACAACAAUGCAUAUUACUCAUGUAUUUUCAGCUUCGUACCAUCCUCAAACGAAUGGUCAGACCGAGCGGUUUAACGCCACAUUCUGUACACAAUUGGCAAAGUACUACGAUGAGAAUAAAGAUGAUUGGGGCGAUUAUCUUCAAUCAGUGGUUUAUGCCUAA